UCUUAUGAUGCACUUCAAGUCUUAUGGUGUGCUUCAAGUCUUAUGGCGUGCUUCAAGUCUUAUGGUGUACUCAAAGCCUUAUGGUGUGCUUCAAGUCUUAUGAUAUACUUUAAGUCUUAUGAUGCACUUAUGACUAUGGAAAUUCCCGAACGAACAGCUAGAUGUUUCAUAAAAAGAAUUCACAUC